CAACAACAACAACAACAAAGAAAAUUAUUUUAAAAAACAAAAACAAAAAAUACGACGUGCCCCUCCACCCGAUGUGAAAAAGAAAGAGGGGGAAAGGAGAGCAGAUAAAACAGAAGAGAAAUGGGAGCGUUUAGGGUGCUGCUGGGGAGUUUGCAUUACAUGGGACUCUACAUUCAACUUAGUGUCUCCACACGGCAAGCUGGACACGGCGAGGUAGAGAACCACAUCUCCGGGAACGCCAUGUUCACAGAGGUGCCUCACGAUAUGACCGCCCACAGAGGUCAGGAUGUGGAGAUGGCCUGCUCCUUCAGAGGGGCGGGAACGCCCUCGUAUUCACUGGAGAUCCAGUGGUGGUACAUCAGGAACCAUCUGGACUGGACGGACAGACAGCCCUGGACGACCAAUGAAGUGGCUCCUGAGGAGGAGUUGCCGAAGGAUGCCACAAAGAUAAGUGUCGUAAAGGUUGUAGGGAGCAACAUCUCCCAUAAACUCCGCCUCUCCCGAGUCAAGCCUUCUGACGAGGGCACCUACGAAUGCCGCGUCAUUGACUUCAGUGAUGACGCAGGUGCCCGCCACCACCGCGUCAGGGCCUACCUGCAGGUGGUGCCAGAGAGCGACAUCAUCGACGGCAACCACAACAACAACUUCGAGGCCGCGGACGAUACCAAGAGGGGGGUGGGAUUCGCCGACGGGGACGACAUGGAGUCUCACGGUGGCGCCAGAGAGCACGCUCACGGCCAUCACCAGAAUCACGGGCACCACCAGGAGCACGGCAAGCAGCGGCCUUCGUCGCCAGCUCACCACGGCCACAGCCACAGCAGCAGCAGCAGCAGCAGCAGUCAGCAGCACAAGGCAGGCAGAGAGCUGAGGAAGAGGGACGUGGACAGUAACCACAGCCACAAUGACUGCACCAACGAGCCGAGCUGUGCGCCGUAGACGUUGGCCCAUUACACCUGAGUGAUAGAUUGCAUAACAUGAUGUGUGUCACAGCAUAGAAAAGCUACUCUUCCCACACAGAAGCAGGCCUGUGCACAAAUCCCGAAUCCCUAGAAAUCUACAGUAUGGCUUAUUCAGAGCACAGCGCCUUAAACUGUGUGCAAAGGGACGUAGCUUUUUGUUGCUGUGCAUGGGUCUGGGUUGGACUGCUCACUGUCUGUAAAGCUUGGCUUCACGGCAUUCAGCAAGGGGAGGGAGGGGGCUGACAUGUAGAUCUAGGCAGCUCCACUGUUUCUGGUCUCAGCGCCGACCAAAAAAAAAAAA